AUGGGCGUCUACCAAUACAAGCCAGUCGGCAAAUCCGAGAUCCGCCUCGUCACGAUCAAGUCAAGUGGGGCAGAUGGGCAACUCGAAGCGAGCAUCAAGAAUGUGGAAUUGAACCCCGACGAUCCGAUCAAAUAUACGGCUUUGUCAUAUUGCUGGGGAGAUGCGGUCAAUCUAGUCCAGAUUCCCUGCGAUGGCCAAUCUCUUCCUGUUACCACAGCUCUUCAUGAAGCUCUGGUCGAGAUUAUCAAGUUUACCCCUCACGACGCGUUGUGGAUCGAUCAGAUAUGCAUCAACCAAGAUGACAUGGUCGAAAAGUCGGAGCAAGUCUCCAAGAUGAACUUGAUUUACGACAAAGCAGAAACUGUCCUUGCUUGGCUGGGACCAGCGACAGAUUCCACUGAAGUCGCUGUCGACUUCGUGAAGAAAGUAGGAGACAUAGCACUCCCUACAGUAACAGAUAUGUUCCGUUGGGAUAGCUACGACGAAUCCCAUGAGGAAACUAAACUCGAACGCAAGGAAGAAUUAACCAUUGAGCAAUCUCGGGAACUGGGCAUCCCAUUCGACGACUCUGAAUCCUGGGCCGCUUUCUCCGAAUUCUUCGACAGGCCUUGGUUCCAGCGCAUGUGGACAGUACAGGAAAUCAUGCAAGCCCGCAAAGCUGUCGUUGUAUGCGGUCCCUACAGUCUUCCCUGGGAACAGGUCAGCGCUGCUGCCAAGUGGUUCUGCUACAAGGCGAACGCCAUACAUAACGACUGCCCGCGACAAGUAGACGGCAUGUGUCUGGUGACGCAGAUGACUGCUAUCGGAUGGCGGUUCAAGAUGGGCGCCGAGUAUUUGCCUGAGUUGUUGGGCCAGAAGACGCGACCGACAUGCAAAUGGUCUCUACGCGAUCUUCUCGAAGGGCUUCGACCUCGUCUUGCUAAGGAUCCUCGAGACAAGGUGUUUGCACUCUUGGGUAUCAGCGACGUAGAUCGCGUUUACAAUGAAACCAAGGGCAUGGUCGUUGAUUACUCCUUGUCUGUCGUGGACGUCUUCACACAAGCGACAGAGGAAAUCAUCAAGAAUGACGUUGAGGAUCUCAACGUGAUAUGGUCUGCGCGACAAAAAAGCAACGAGCCGGACUGGCCGAGCUGGGUUCCCGACUGGCGACUCAAGACUGGUUUCGGUUGUCAAUGGGGAAUUGGCAAGCCUUUCAAGAAUUCGGCAGAACAAGGCAAGAGAUCAUAUGUCUAUAUUCCUACCGAUGAACCUCGCACGCUCGCAGUGCGUGGAAAGGUAAUUGGUCGAGUCAACUACAUCAGCGAACACCAACACUUUGGCGAAAUCUUCCAACAAGGCCGUCUCCGUGAGAUGUACGAUGCGUGCAUGCAGCGACUAUCGUCCUAUCCCACAGGCGAAGACGUCAACACUGCCUUCGGACUAACGCUAAUCGGCGGCCUCCCUCUGACGAAAGGUCUACAAAAGAAGGAGACGUCGGUGGAAACAUAUGCAGACAUGUACAUGGGCUUCUACGACGCAACGCAGAUGCCACAAGCCCCGCCAGAGAUGAAAGCUGCUCGCGAUAAGGCGCUCGAGAAGUACUACGCCGUUGGUUUGGAUCUGUCGUGGCUUCACGAGAUCCUGGAUGCGUACUGUGAGCGUAGGUUUGUUGUUACAGAUAGUGGACAUAUGGGCCUGGCGCAUAACAAAGUUUUGGAGGGGGAUCUGAUCGUCUCGGUGGUUGGCCUCUCUUGGCCAUGUGUCUUGCGAGCAAAGAGCGAAGACCACAAAGAUGGUUUCGAGUUUAUUGGGGACGCGUAUUGUCACGGCAUGAUGGACGGCGAAGCGCUGCAGGCCAUUCUCGAUGAAAGCGACGACGGACAAAUAUUCACCCUUAAGUAG